AUGCUGGAGGAUGAGAAGGAAUAUUGGAUGACCAUUAAGCAGUUUUGGCGGGAGGAGGAUUUAUCGUGCAAGAUUGAUGGUCCUGCAACUGCACUUGAAGGUACUAUUUAUCGAGGUGAAUCCAGGAAUCUGAUUGGUCGCCAGCUUGUCAGUGCAACAUCCGCAAUUGCUCCAUCGCUCACUCCCAACGUGUCGCGAUCUUCUGCUACUCUUGACUCGGUCACGCUUAUGGAUCUGUUAUCGGUCCUACCGGGCUUCCAAACACGAUCAUACGCUCAUAUCAUACCCCCUCUCGAGCGAAGCAAAAUUACUCUCGUCGACCUCAUCACCCUCGAUAAUCUCGAAAUCGCGAAACGUGCUCAUGUUCCCCCCACAGAUCUUCGCCGGUUAACCACUCAUGUUGUCAAGGCGUUGCACAAAGAUGUUGGAUUUGAAGAGGCUUGUGAUGCGGACAAUGUUGACGAGCCGAGCUCUAGCAACAACAUCGAAAAGUCUCUCAUCCCUGGUCCGUCGACCAAGCUAGACUUGUCACGAUGGAGUGCGAUUAGCACUUUGGACCCUGCCUUGGAUGAACUACUCAAUGGCGGUCUUCCGACCGGCUAUUUGACCGAGGUGACUGGAGAAAGUGGGAGCGGCAAGACGCAAUUCCUCCUCAGUCUCCUUCUAGCGGUGCAACUUCCAGAACCUCGAGGUCUUGGGAAAGGCGCAAUAUACAUCUCAACGGAGGCUCCGUUGGCGACAUCGCGGCUCUCACAGCUCUUGGAGUAUCAUCCAUACCUUUCGGACCUCCCGAAAGACCGCGCCCCGACACUGGAUAACAUCCUCUCCAUCAACGCGAUGGACCUGGAAUCCCAAGACCAUAUCCUCAACUACCAGUUGCCCGUUGCGAUUACCCGCUACGAUGUCGGCCUCGUGGUCAUCGACUCGAUAACCUCCAACUACAGAGCAGAACAUACAUCUCACAACGUUUUGGGCCUGUCCACACGAUCCGGGGAACUAGCAAGGCUGGGCCAGAUGCUGCGCAACUUAGCCGUCGCAAAGAAUAUCGCGAUUGUUGUUGCAAAUCAAGUUUCCGACCGCUUCGAUCCUCUCGAGGAUAACGCAGCAUUACGGCGCGCCGCCGCAUACGGAAAUACUAUUGUCUCAUCCUCGCCCGUAUCGACACAACAACAACCGACGACACCUCUACACCGCGAUUCAGCCAUCGCUUCACCUCUUCCCGCUGCCCGAUCCAGGCCUCCAGAGUCUGGCAAUGCCGAACUAUCCCCUCAUAUCACGAUCGCACCACCGUCCUCAUCCCCAGCCUUCCCCUCCUCGCCGUUCCUCGCGGACGACAACCCGUCCGAGCAGCAGCCGCAAGACUUUGACGGGUCGUACCUGAUCGGCAACCCUGUGCGCAAUGAGCUACUGAGCCUAAUGCACCAGCAACGAUUCUUCACUGGGUGGGGUGAUACGCCGCAGGCUGCCGCGCCGCCUUCACCAUACUACUUCUCUCGACAGUCGACGCACAAGACGCCCGCGCUGGGGUUUGUCUGGUCGUCCCAGAUAGCGUGCAGGAUUGCCCUGAAGAAGGAGGAGAUCGCGACCACCCUCGAUCCUACUUUCGAGCCAAAGAGCCCAGACCUGUUGUCACCAGAUUCAGAGCCGCACGAAGCAACUAGACCGACGCCAGACAGUAAGGAGCAACAAAGCGAUCACCGCGUCUUGGAAACAAGCUUAGAUGUCCUACCCGUACGGCAACGGAUCACGCCCCAACCGGCACCACCGGACAUAAUCCCCCCUCGCACGCUCCGAAGAACUAUGAAACUGGUCUUUGCGCCUUGGACCGCCGGGAGGGUGACGACUACUGUCGGCAAGGACGGGAACUCUACCGUUCACGUCCAAGAUGAGGUUGAAUAUACCAUCUGGAAGGGAGGUUUGAGGAGUGUGGAAGCGCAAGAGUAG